AUGACGUCGUCCGUCCGCACCUAUCUGCGGGCCAAGGGAGAUCGAGAAAUAGUACAGGGUCUCAGUCCAUCGCCGCCUUUUCCCUCGCCCAACGCUCGUGCCUUUCCAACUGCACACGGUCCACGACUCUCCCUCCAUCCCAGAAUUCCGGUGAGAAGCGCCACGUUGAACGCUCCUGCAAGGCAAAAGGCCGAGAUCAAUGCCCGUCUCGUACAAUGGUCCUUCCGUGUUGCAUUGAGAAGGGAUAGAGGUCCCCGUCACCGCAUGGUCCACGCCAACCGUUGGGGUAUGAGAUUCGAUAUUGCGGAUUCCACCACCGACAUGCCGGACAUCAUAUCGACCACUCUGGAAUCACACAAGCAGGUCGAGUUGAUGAAGCUUGUCGGUAGCGCCGUAGCAUACGCGUUUAAUCAUUCGAGAAUGCAUUCGAGUGUGGAACCCGACCUCGCGCUCUCACCGCGCCAGACCAACCGUGUGUUGGCGUUUGAUCUUCCUGGUCGCAUUCGCGUGUCGCGUGUCAGAGAUCAAAGAAGGAUUGGUAUCCCGCAGUUUCGAAAGUCGAUCAAUCCAUCAGAGAUUGUAUUUCCUCCCCCUCCUGCCUGGGCUGCCGCGCAGCUGAUUAGGUUCAUCUUCGCUGCCUUUCGAUCACGCCGAAGAUCACACGGCCUUCCUUCCAACGCCUUCCAACGGGCUUCGAUGAUCACGACCCCCUUGAAACCUGAUCGGUUCGGCUAA